CCCGCGCAAAAUAUUUCCAAGUUGCGCGGGGGAACGCCACUCCACACUUGACGUUAACAAACGGGAAGGAACAACCCGAUCAACCCCUCCUUAACUCCAAAGAUCAAGUAGAAUCAUGCAGAUUUUCCUCCGGGCUCCCUCUGGACCCGAAGAAGACGCCCCGAGAGAUUGGGCCUUACUCGAAAUGCAGGGCGAUCUGGAGUCCCGUAUCGGGGAUUUGAACAUGUCCGAGAAGUUCAUCGGCGACCUUCACUACACCAAAGCCGGUGUACCCGUGCUUAUCAUUGGGCAUCACAUCUUGUACGGCAAGGUCCAGCAACUCGAUAAACCCUUGGUGGCCAUGCGAAAAGUUAGCCAGAACGAUGAGCACAUGGAGGCCUACCCAACUCAAACCGAAUACCUGGUUCAAGCCAUCAUCGAGAAGAAACUCCUAUUCAAAACCAGACCCAAACCCAUCAUCGCUAAUGUAGCUAAGAAAAUAUAGCAGGUAUACUGAUAUUA